CCCGUGCACAUCGCUGAAGACGCCUGGAGGUCCCGCUGGAUGCUCCCUCGUCCCCUGGCCGUCGUGUUUUGUCGUGAGCAGCGGCAGCACCUCCCCUGAGAGGCAGCACCCUCCUCCACCCCUCCCUCGCCCCCUCAGCUCCGCGCACACUCCGGAGUCGAGGAUGAAGUCGCGGAACAUCAGGACCCUCUCUCUCAUCCUCUCCAUCUUCUGCUACCUGCUCCUGGGAGCCGCCGUCUUCGACGCGCUGGAGUCGGACGGCGAGAGUUCCAGGAAAAGUGUGCUGGAGCAGAAGCUGCGCGAGCUGAAGAAGAAGUACGGCUUCACCGAGGACGACUACGGAGACGUGGAACGGGUGGCGCUCCAGUGGCAGCCGCACCGCGCCGGGAGGCAGUGGAAGUUUGCCGGCUCUUUUUAUUUCGCCAUCACUGUUGUCACAACCAUUGGUUACGGCCACACUGCUCCACGCACUGUCGCUGGCAAGGUCUUCUGUAUGUUUUACGCAGUCUUGGGCAUCCCUCUGACCCUGGUCAUGUUCCAGAGCCUGGGCGAGAGGAUCAACACCGCCGUGCGCCACCUCCUGCGCAGAGCCAAGCGGGGCCUGGGCUUACGGGAGACCCGGGUGUCCAUGGGGAACAUGGUCCUGGUGGGUCUGCUGUCGUGCAUGAGCACGCUGUGCCUGGGAGGCGCGGCCUUCUCCUACUUUGAGGACUGGACCUUCUUUAAUUCCUACUACUACUGCUUCAUCACGCUCACCACUAUUGGAUUUGGGGACUUUGUGGCCCUGCAGAAGACAAAUGCCCUCCAGAAGCGACACUCCUAUGUGGUAUUCAGCUUCCUGUACAUCUUGGUCGGGCUGACAGUCAUUGGGGCUUUUCUGAACCUGGUGGUCCUGAGGUUUCUCACUGUCAGCACCGAGGAGCCCGACCAGAGGCCUGAAGCGGGGCAAGAGGGGCAGGCGACGCAGCCUAAGGACACGCGGGGGGGCCGGGAGGCGUCCGGGGCGGAGUCAGAAAGGUCCGGCGUUGGCUAUGGCGACAUCGAAGACGGUCCCGGCAGCCUGUGCGACCUGAGCCUCCCCAUGGAGGGGGGCACCAGCUCUCUGAAUCUCCUCGCCUCUCCCCUAGAGGAGCACGGGCCGGUUUUACCCGAGCACCCAAAGCUCUCAAGGCCCCGCAGAAUCAGGGCCUUGUUCUCCUGCAUGUGCUGUGAGAACAUUUACGAGAGCCCCUCGGCGCCUCGCGGCGACCGGACGGGCGGCCACAGCAACCCCGUCUUCUACAACUCCAUCUCCUACAGGGUGGACCGAGCCUCCUGCAGCUCCCGCAGCGCGUCGUCACAGGCCUCCCCCGGCAGCUCAGCUCUCUGUGCGGGCAAGGACAACCCCCACUCCAGGAGAAAGUCACUAUAACUGGCUGAACCUUUGUCCUGGACUUUUUAUACACGCCACGGACCUCUGACGUUCCGCCCGGUAGAGUCAUCAACGUAGCAGUAACCAGCACCAGAAUAUAUUUUUUCACACGAUUAAAGUCGUGGCCAUUUUUUCCACCACUACUGUCCCAAUAUGCUGUGUGUUCUGUGAAAGGUGUCUGCAGGAAAUGGGUGUGAAUGUCACUGAGAAAAAGCUUGGUUAUCUGCAGUCCCACUUUCUGCUGUGUUGUCACCUGUGACCUUCAGUUAUUUCCACUCCACCGAAAUUAUCAGCGUUUUCCAGGAGGAACACGCGCUCUGCCGCUCUGCCUGGUUCCCGUGGUAACAUUUACAUGGCCAAAAGACACGUGCAGCGCACAUUGAGUCCAUACGGCGUUCGCUGUGAUGAAUGAGUGUGCCAACAAAGAAUGGAAUAUGACUAGUCGCACUGCAAAGUCGCAAAUUAGAAAUGUCUCCAGAUGAGUGUUUAAUUGCCUUUUCAGAUGCGCGGUUGAAUCACAGAGGGCCAUUAUUCACACUAGAAUAGUAAAAGCAACAAAGAAGAAGAAGGAGAAGAUUAUGCCUUUGUAGAUCACUUUGUAGAUUAAAAAAAUACUACCUUUAGUAUAAAAAAUAUUGUUCAAUGCUUAAAUUAUUUUACAGAUGUUAGUCAGUUGACAGGUCAUGAAAAGGGCCUUUGUGGCUUUGGAGGAGCUUUGUAAAGUCUGAAAACCUGAUGAAGUAAUUAAGUAAUUGGGAUUUACAGGCAGGAAGGUUCAAUUAAAAUGCUGUUAUUGAUUUCAUUGGGUAGAUACAAGGCUCAGGUAAGAUCUACCAUCCAUCCAGAAUCUGAUCAAUUAUGAUAAACAAUGUCUUGCCGUGAUUAGAGAUGACUUCUCUCCUUUAGACUUGUUUGGAUUGCACUGAUGGGGAAACGCCUUCAGGCUUCAUGCCGUCUCCGCUGACUUACCAAAGACACCAUCAACCUCAUUUUGGAGAAGAGUAAAAGUACUCGGAGAGAACGAUAAAUUACUGAGACUGAUGGUCCAUCACUACAACUUGAAAUAUAUUUAUGUCACACUAAAAUUACUCUGCUGAUGUAGUUUUACAGCCCAAAUAAAAUAGGUUUGUUUCUUGAAGCCUUUGGGAGUUUGAACUGGAGGGUUUUGAUGAGGAAGAUGCCAAGCCUCCGCUGAUCCGAGUAAGAGAAGAACCUUGAGAGAAGCUUUGCCUAGACAGUAUUAUUUUGUCCCCAUAAUAUGUUGAAACGGAAUCCUGUCUAAAUUAUUAUUUUUUAUUUCUGGGCAGUAAAUGUGCUAAAAUGAAUGAAUAAAACGAAUGCUCCUGAACUCCUCAAAAGCCUUACCUCCUAAAUUCCAGUGAGUUUUAUUUGACACAGGUAUCAACGAUUAAAUUGCCGUGCUUUUAAAUCGCUUUUUUAAUCUCUGUGACAUCAUGAAAGGUUUUGAAAACUGAUUUUAUUGAUUGUAACCGACAGAAAUCCUAAAAAUUCUCAGCACGCAGAGCGACUAAGUCAUGAUCCUGAGAAAGAGGGCGUUGGAUGCUCUCAGCUCAGAAGGACUCAGUCCAGGAGAGGUGGUGUCAGAGGUUGUUCCCAGAGUCCUGCAAGGCUUCUGGAAACUUCCACCAUGUUCCCUCUCAGAUGCCUUCUCAGAAAUGUCUGUCGGGAACAAAGAUCGGAGAGACCAACCCAUACCGUAUCCCGGUGGACCAGGUCAGGAGGUCUGCUCAGUGCUGCUGUGGGAAAGAUUUGUGGGAUGUUUGAGCCUCAGGCCCUCGAAGUACCGGCUCAUUAAAAGCCUUCUGCCGACACCUCAGUCCAGGGAAAUUGAAACCCGGCUGUAACUGAGGGGACGCCAACGGGCUCCACCAGUUCCCACAACAACCCCCGAUGAACUAUGACUGAUGUUCAGGACAGGGCAGGAUGAAAACAAUACAUCCUGCUUGAAUAUUGACCAAGAACCCACCAGAGAAGCAGCUGCUCCUGCUUCACCUCCUCGUGAACCAGGGGUUAUUGAUGAAGUGUCAGAAGACGACGGGAACAAAGAGGAGAGAGAGCGGCGCUUCCUCCUCUGGAGAGCAUUCAGCUGCUGGUCAUCUUUGGAUGUUACAUGCACUUAUUACACGCACUACUUAUGAAUAUAGAAAUUAAAAAGCAUUUGAGUGUUAAAAUGUAUUUUCCGUGGUCACAUUGUUUACAUUUUUAUGAUUUGGAACAUUUUUUCAUUCACAAUGUAAUGCUCAAGGGGAAAUAGCACAUUAUGUUGUUAUCAUUUUUCUUCUUUAACACCAUCUACUUAUGCAGUUCAACAAAUGUUGGUACAGGAUACAGUUUUAACUGCAAAACCACGAUUGAAUUGUAUGCAUUGAAUAUAAGUGAGUAACAUUAAAUUAAGUAUGAAAAGGAAAGUCUGCAGGUCACAACGUUUUUUUGCAAAGAUGAAGAAGCAAAAGGGGGAAAAUCACACUGGCAUGUGUAGACCUAGAUUAAAGUUAAUUAUCCACAGACCCAUGCAGGCCUUUGUUUCCCCUGACAUUUGUGGAAAAUGAAUAAAAAGCCUGGCCAAGUGGUC